AUGUAUGGUAACAUGAUUUGUUUUAGACAUUUAUACCUGUGUCUUGGUUUUGUCCUAGAUGACUUUUUUUUCAGGGAUGAGGGUGUCCACUGGGGAAUACAAAAUGGGCUUUAUCUUUCAAGAAGUACCAUUGUGUAUUUCAAGCACAAUGACAUGGAAUCCUUACAAAGUACUCUAAAGAAAGUCACUUUAGACAACAAGCGAGCUAAGAAGCUAAGGCGCUAUAUUGUGGUUGAGGCCAUUUAUCAGGUCAUGGUCAUGGGUUGA